AGGCCCCUUGGCUUCAGCCCUUUAAAGUCCAUGCGUUAAUGCGGCCCUGAUCAGUGCUGUAGUAGUUUAGACUCAGUCAGAAGGGGGAUCAAUAUGAGGACAAAUACUUUCUUUGUGGGGGUUUUAUUAAUUGUGAAUGGUGUGUAUGGUGUUGAUGCAGAAGUGAAGUCAGUAUCAGUGAUGGUGGGAGAUUCAGUCACUCUACAUACUGAUGAUACUGAAGUACCAAGGGAUAGUAAGAUAAUAUUUAAGUUUGGUGAUGAAAUCAUAGCUAGAAUGAAUGCAGCAGAUGGAAAUCCCUCUACAUAUGAUGGCCCCGGUGCAAUAUUCAAAGACAGACUGAAGCUGGACAAACAGACUGGAUCUCUGACCAUCACAAACAUCAGACCUGAACACAUUGGACGUUAUAGUGUAGACAUCAGGAGCACAGAUGCAAAACUGAAGACAUUUGAAGUUACUGUUCAUGAUGCUGUGGAGUCAGUGUCUGUGAUGGAGGGAGAUUCUCUCACUCUACACAAUGGUGUUAGAGUACAGGGAUCUGAUCAGAUUGUGUGGAAGUUUAAAGAUCAAGUCAUCCCUAUUGCUUGCUUAAAUGGCCCUGAUGAUACACAAUGGAGAAACAUUCAUCUGAAGGAUCAGACCCAAGACCUCGUCUUCAGCAACAUCCGAAGUGAUCAGACUGGAGUUUAUACAGUGGAGAUCAACACCAUCAGCAUGAUCUUGCACAGAAAAUACCGUAUUGCUCUUGGUGUUGGUGUGAAGACAGUAUCAGUGAUGGAGAGACAUCCUGUCAAUCUAUUUACUGGUGUUAAUGAAAUACAGGCAUAUGAUCUGAUACUGUGGAAGACUGGAGGUAAUAUUGUGGCUGAAAUCAAUAAAGGUGACAAUAUAUUUGGACCUAGAGAUGAAGAUGAUCUGAGAUACGGUGGCAGACUGCGUCUUCAUCGUAAGACUGGAGAUUUCACUAUCAGUGACUCCAAAACCACAGACUCUGGAGAUUAUCAUCUACACAUGAGCAACAGUGAAUACACCUUACAGAGGACCAUCAGAGUUAUUGUCCAAACUUCACCUCAGUCUGGUGCUCCUUCAGGGAUAUAUGGUGCUGGUGUUGGUCUGGUAGUUUGGGCUUUAACUGUGUUUUUUGCUGAAAGAUUUGUGGACAACGAAAUCAAAGGUAUUUCAGUGAAAAUAAAGUGAAUCACUCUCAGGAUCAGCAUGGAAAAAAUGAAGAGAAACAACAGUUCAUAAUCACUCUAACAAUAUAAACUUCGGCCUUGCAUGACAUGCCAAUCAGUUUUAAUUUGUUUGCUUUAUGGAUAAAUUUUGACAUAUUUUGAUUUUUUUGUCUCAUGCUUGACUACCAGAACAAACAAAAAAAGGAAAAUUUUAAAUAAAUCAACAUAUUUCAAAUUUUUUCACUUGCUUGAAAUUUGUGUUUUAGUGUAAUUGUAAGGGUUCUUGGGAUGCCAUUCAUGUGAAAGAUUGUUUAUCCAGUGCUUAUACAGAUCUAUGUACAAAUACAGAAUAAAGCCAAUCAAACUUGAUAAAA